GAUUGGUUGGGCGCCUUCUCUCUUUUUCCUGGCUACCGGAAGCAGAUUGUAUGCUGCCCGCCCACAACUGUCACCAGCUGAGGUGGGGUAUGACAAUUCCAUAGAGAAUGAAUAGUGGCCACCGUGUGUCGGGGUAGUCGAGCUAUCAAUGGCGUUGCGAGCUGUGAUAGAAGGUAAUGUGACGGUUCCUGUGUAGAGCAUAUCAACACUCCUAACGUUGGGAUGGAUACAGAAGCCCAUGAAAAAAGGAAAAGGGACUUGGUUCUUCCAGCUGCAAAGCAAGACCUUAUACAUCAUACACUAACAAUUGGUGCCGGUAAACAUUAUUUGUGUGGUUAUUGUGCUGCAUUCACAAACAUUGCCAUUACCUUCCCCAUCCAGAAGGUGCUGUUUCGGCAACAGCUUUAUGGAUUACGAAUACGGGAUGCUAUUAGACAGUUGGAGAAAGAUGGCAUUCGUAACCUUUACAGGGGAAUAUUGCCACCUCUCCUGCAGAAGACUACAACUCUUGCCCUGAUGUUUGGCCUUUAUGAGGACUUCUCAAGUCUUUUGUUAAGGCAUACAAAUUCUCCAGAGCUUGUUACCCGGAGUGUAGCAGCAAUCCUUGCAGGAACAACUGAAGCUCUACUCACACCUUUUGAGAGAGUUCAGACUUUACUUCAGGACUACAAACACCAUGACCGAUUUACAAAUACUUUUCAGGCUUUUAAAGUUUUGCGACCCUAUGGAAUUGGAGAAUACUAUCGUGGCCUAGUCCCUAUUUUGGUCCGAAAUGGACCAAGUAAUGCACUUUUCUUUGGCCUCCGCACCCCAAUCAAACAGUGUUUGCCUGAAGCUAAAACCUCCAGUGCUCAUGUGAUCAAUGACUUUAUUUGUGGCGGACUGCUUGGAGCCAUGUUGGGGAUUCUCUUUUUCCCAAUUAAUGUGGUAAAAGCUCGCAUGCAGUCCCAGAUCGGCGGGGAAUUUACCUCCUUUGGUAAAGUGUUUAUGACAAUCUGGACGGAACGUGAUGGGAAACUGACACACCUUUUUCGCGGUGCCCUUCUUAACUACAACAGAUCCAUCCUGUCCUGGGGUAUCAUCAAUGCAACUUACGAGCUGCUGUUAAAGCUGUUCUGAUGGGAACGGGGACAUUGUCACAUUAUGUUUUCCUUUAGACAAGGGAUCAAAUUGUCACAAAACCAAAUACAAGGUUGUCUGCGUGCACCACUAAAAUUGCAAUGAAAAAUGUGUUUGAGCAGACAGUCAUGGUGUCUGGUAAACUAAAGUGCCUGUCUGUUCCUUUUAUUUAUAAGUGGCAGCCUUUCUGCUUUUAGUGAUAAUACUAUGUACGUGCUUGAUGUUUAUGGACAGCUUUAAACCUACAAAAAAUGAACAGUCUCAGCCUGUAAUUCGCACAAGCCACAUUUUAUUUUUAAUGUUGGAUUUUCUGUGUAAUCUUUGCCGUAAGCCAAUGUAAAAUAGGUGCCACUUUUAUAACCACUCUAGGGUGUAUUUGACACACUGCCAACUUCUGAAACUGGUUUGACUGUCAUUUAUUGGGAUUUUUGGGAAAGCCGUCCUAUAGCUCUUCCUUUUUCCAAUGGGGUUCAGUAUUUGUGUUGUGCCUCACAAUAAUGUGGCUCAUGAAAUAUAUAUAGUUUAUAUAUCUAUGACAUAACUCUAGUCCUAGUACUACCCAUAACCUGAACAAAACUUCUUUCUACUAUUGUUGUGUGGUUGUUGAUUGGGUCACACAUUCUGGGUAGUCCUAGGUUCCAGGUAAAAUGAAAAGGGAACUUCAACCUAUGUCUAUAUAUUUUUUUUCUGCGUUACAUCUUUGUCAAUAUAUACAAUAUAGUUAUUGUUAGAUCUAAUGCCGCUUGUGUUAUUCAGGGAGAAUGCCUGACGACAAAUGAUUACAUACAAUGAAAAAUCAAAUGUAAUUUUUUUUUGUGCGAUCUUUAUUACAACAAAAAAUUUGUAGAAUGAAAAACUUUUAAAAUCUCAAUGUUUGGAAAAAUAAAUUCCACACCAUGCCUCAAUGCAAAACCAAAUGGACAGCUUACAGCUUCUUGGAAAACUUUACACAUUUAGCAUCCUGUGUCUAAUGACAUAAUAACAUAAGUGGUAGUUGUAUUGUGACAUUGCUUCAAUUAUUUAUAUUUUUUUCAUUAAUUGUUGUACUGCUAUGUAAUAAAGAUUCUUCUUAGG